UGGCAGCGUGUGCGAUACGCUGUAUAUGAAUCACGGGUAGAAUCCCGCCGAUCCACGACGCGUUGCAACGAGCCGUGACACACGUUUUUUCGUGCGCGGCAUUGCAAUGAUCGAGUGAACGGGCAAAGCGGUACACGAAGAUUCCUGCAGAUAUUCCGCGGCGAUGCAUGCACGAACCAUGGAAGACUUGUGAGAGCGGCAUCGCGGAAACCGGGGCGGGGGUACCCCGGAUAAAGGGUGGUCGACGCGCCAUACGAGAGGGGUGAGGGCGACGUGGACGCAGGAAGCGUGUGUUAGGUGGGGUAGCGGUGGAAGGGGGCUUGGCUACUACUAUCAGUACUAUCGGCCCAUUAGGAAGGAGCGAAAGGUGAGCGUUGGCGACGAUUCUCGCCGACGUGCACAUUCGCACGGCUGUCCGUUCGUCCACGGCGUCCACCCGACCGCCAUGUUAUUCUGGAGCGGCGGUGUUACGUCGUUGGCGUCGCUGCUAUUGUGCCUCCUCGUGCUCGGCACAGCCGGCGUCGACGAGUCCGGUAUAGAUAAGUUGGAAGUAGCAGCAGCAGAGUCCAAGACCGAGCGGACCGCAUCAUUGGAGAUUCGAUCAUCACAAGAUACCGAGGGUAUAGAGGCAGGCAGCACACCAACGCUAUUGUGCAAACUGAACGUGUCGGGUCAAGUCUGGUGGAGUACCGACGGCAGGAAUCUCAGCACUAUCAAUGAGUUUGACUACAUCGGACGAUUUGACAUAAAGAAAGCCAGCAGAAACGACACGGGCGAUUACAAAUGCUCCGCGCAGACUGUCGACGGCGAAUUCCUCGAAAAAAAUAUUCAUAUCAGAGUGAUAGAACCCGGCAAGAUAACAUCCGGCAAGAAUGUAAGGGCGAGAGUGUCGGAAGCAGCCAACUUGACGUGUCAUAUACAUGGUUAUCCAUUAUCCCAAUUUACUUGGUUAAAAGGGAAUAAUUCAGAGAGCAGCGAACAUUUGAAGAAUCUCACUAUCGUUGCACAGAUAAACGAGACUUACGCCGUCUUAGUCCUGGAAUUCAAAAGUUUAGCGCGAAAGGAUAAUGGCACGUAUGUGUGUCAAGCGAACGACUACAACGGGAUAGUGAGCGCCUUGACACAUUUAUUCGUCACCGAUGUGCCAAAAGUCAGCAUAGAUUUUAUGAAGGCGGUCGGCGCCGGCAGCAUAUUCCUAAAUUGGACUGUCAAUGAUGGUAACGAGCCGAUUAAGAAGUAUUUCAUCCAGCACAUGAAGAAGGGCACGGAUCAACGCCAGUAUUACGCCGAGCAGAUUGGUGGCGGUAAUUCGAGCUACGUUCUCAAGGGAUUUGAAAGCGACACCGCUUAUCAAAUCGGCAUCAGCGCUAUCAAUGCGUUGGGCACGUCACACAUGCAAUUAGAUCCACGAUGGAUUACCACGCUUGAGAAAGAUCCAGUAUUUGUGCCGAAAGUGUCCGUGAAUGGCGUGACAGAUAAUUCAAUCACAAUAGGUUGGACCGUGCCACCACCGGAUUUGAAGGAACAUGUGCACUAUUAUAAUCUGAUAGCCACUCACGCUGAUCAGAAGAGAGAAGCGGUGUAUCCUGCUCAGCCGUUUAUCGUGUAUGCGUUUGUAGAUCUCGAUCCAGCGACCACGUACAAAUUCAAAAUAGCUGCUUGCAGCGAAUACACGAAACAAUGCGGUAAUUGGAGUGCCGAAGUAAACGGCACCACUUUGGAUGGAGUGGCCAGCCCUCCGAAGAAUCUCAUCGUUAUUUGUCGCUAUAACAAUAUAAGCAGCUUCAGUUUUAUGUCCAUCACGUGGAAACCCCCGGAGAAGCCAAAUGGCAUUAUACAGCGCUACAACAUACAAUUGAACGGCAUAGCAAGAUUUAAGAAUGACAUGGGACGUUUGGACAUUCAUAGUUUCGAACCGCCCAGCUGGAGUGUCUAUAAUAGGAACAGCACACAUUACAAUAAGUUACCUCCUAAUACAAAUUAUACGGUUCGGGUGCACGGAGUGACAAGGUCUCGCACUUCUGGCAAGGAUGCCAUAGGAAACUGUACGACACCAGUUACGAUUCCGGGUCGCGAUAAUAUGAACAUGCGCAGCUGGCGGAAGAUUGAAAGCCAGGGUAGGCAGUUGUUCAAACUCUAUCUACCGCGUAUCUCGGAACGGAACGGUCCAAUCUGCUGCUACCGCGUCUACCUGGUGAAACUAUCGCCGCAUAAAACGGUCGGUGAUUUACCAUCACCUGAGGAAAUCGCGGUAUAUUCUUAUCAGUAUGUGCAUAAUUCACCUAUCGGUGGUGCAUAUAUUGCCGAGAUAUUCGACAGCGAUCAGUUAUUGACCGAGAUCUUUCUCGGUGACGGCGAGUCGUCUAACGGUGGUGCUAUGUGCGACAAAUGCAUCGGUUUACGACCCAAAUCAGCACCGCCGUUGUUACACUUUGUUCCGGAAAUCCCAUCAACUACCACUGUAACUUCAAGUAAUAUGAGCAGUAUCGUUACUAGCACGACGGCAAUUACAUCGAUGCUGACGACAACUGUAAGUAGCAGUGGUAGCAGCACAACUUCUAAUCCAUCCACCACAUUAUCGACGACUACUACUAGUACGAAAAUUGACACAACAACGGCCGUGCCUGUGAUUAUGAAUGCCACGGAAAAAGCAGAGAGACGAAAGAGAGAAGACGCGCCGCUGCAAAAGGCAUCUAUAGACGAAUCUGGAGAAUUCAGUGUUUUAUCGCCUUACGAUGGUUUUCUUGAUGAAACAUCGAAUUAUACUGGUUUUAUCGAAGUUAUUGUGUUCGAUAAUGAAAAGGAUCAGUUUUUACCGGCUUACAGCAGUUAUUUCAAUCCUCUUUACGGCGGAGUGGAUCCUCUCAGCGUAAUGGCCACGGAAGCGACUACUAUCAGAGAAAUGAUAAUACAGCUCUUCAUCGCCGUGAUUUUAACUCUCACAAUUCUAUUUAUCGCUCUCUGUGUGUUAUAUAGAUUUACGAAACGUGCGCAAGAGAGAGAGGAAGUUAUAACGCUCCGCAAUAGUUUCAGACAUCUCUGUAGGAGUUUGAGAGGCAGGCAUCAGCUGGUGGCAGCGAGUCCACCGGACAUGCCGCCUAUACCUAAGAGCGAGUUAUUGCAGGCGUACUUGGAACGCCAUCGGGACUCAGAUUAUGGUUUCCAGCACGAGUUUGAACUGCUACCUGAUCGAUUCACGGAUAGAACGACACGCGCAUCCGAAGCACAGGAGAACCUAUAUAAGAAUCGUUAUCCGGACAUCAAGUGUUACGAUCAGACCAGAGUACGUUUGGCGCAGAUGGACGGUAUUUGCGGCUCUGAUUACAUCAAUGCCAACUUUGUGCUGGGCUAUAAGGAACGCAAGAAGUUCAUCUGCGCCCAGGGCCCGAUGGAGAACACUGUGUGCGACUAUUGGCGCAUGAUCUGGGAGCAGCAUCUCGAGCUAAUUCUUAUGCUGACAAAUCUCGAAGAAUAUUCAAAGACCAAGUGCGCUAAGUAUUGGCCGGACAAGCGCGAAACCAAAAAUUUUGGUGACAUCACAGUGGAACACGUUAAAGAGCGUGCCUACUCGGACUAUGUAGUGCGCGAAUUGAAGAUGACGCGAUUAGGCGAACGCGAUGCACGCGCGAUCGUGCAGUAUCACUUCCUUGUGUGGAAAGACUUUGUCGCCCCCGAACAUCCACACGCGAUUUUACGCUUCAUCAAGCGCGUCAAUGAGGCAUAUUCGCUCGAAAAGGGGCCGAUCCUGGUGCACUGCAGCGCUGGUGUGGGUCGCACCGGUACGCUCGUGGCAUUGGAUUCUCUGCUGCAACAAUUGGCCGAGGAGGGCCAGGUGUCUAUCUUCAACACUGUGUGUGACUUACGGCAUCAGCGCAACUUUCUUGUGCAAUCACUUAAGCAGUACAUCUUCAUCUAUCGCGCGCUUAUGGAGAUGGCACAGUACGGCGACACGGAGAUUUCGGCACCACAACUCAAAACCACAAUCGCCAAAUUGAGACAGCGGGACAAUGGAAAGGAGAAGUGUAGGAUGGAGGAAGAAUAUGAUAAAAUUAGUUCCGUAUUAGAAGAUCGGAAAUCCUUCUCUGUCGGCGGCGGAGACGAAAAUAAAUCAAAGAAUAGAAGCGAACUGGUGAUACCAUAUGAUAGAAAUCGCGUGAUACUCACGCCAGUUCCGGGAAAGGAACAUUCAACGUAUAUAAACGCAUCGUUCAUCGAAGGCUACGAUAACUCCGAAUCAUUUGUCAUUACGCAAGAUCCGCUGGAGAUCACUAUAACGGAUUUCUGGCGAAUGAUCUCGGAACAAUGCAUCUCUACAAUAGUUAUGUUAUCUGACUUGAAUGAAGGCCCGCGGAAGUGUCCACGCUACUGGCCUGACGAUGAAAUCGAUUACGAUCAUAUAAGGGUCCGUUACAUCCAUAGUGAGAGUUGUCCAUAUUACACGCGUCGCGAGUUUUGCAUUUUGAACACAAAAACUGACGAGAGUGGAGUCGUAAAGCAAUAUCAAUAUCAUGGCUGGCCGACGGUGGAAGGUGAAGUACCUGAGGUGACGCGCGGUCUUAUUGAGUUAGUAGAUCAGACAUUGACGAAUGACACUGAGACGAGCGGCUCGCUGGUCGUGCACUGUAGCUACGGAUCAGAUCGGAGUUCUAUGUUCGUAGCACUUAGCAUACUGGUCCAGCAAUUGCGCACUGAGAAACGCGUAGAUGUUUUCACAACGACGAAGAAAUUGCGUUCUCAGCGACACGGCAUGAUCAGCACCUUCGCGCAAUAUGAGUUUCUUCAUCGUGCCAUCGUAAAUUACUCGGAUCUUCACAAUUUAGUCGAUGAUGAAACGGCAGCAUAAUGCUUGAAAAUUAGCAACAAGAGCGAGAUUAAAUUGUUCUAAAUAUUGUUUGGGCGGACAUGUGCGCGAGAAAGUUCCGUGAUAAGUGUCCAGCGAUCCACGAACGUUCAAAUAAGCGUACAUUGCCUCAACCAAAGAUGAAUAAACGUCGAUAAAGAAUCAUUGAUGUCAUCGUCAUCAUCACUAUUAUCAUCGUCGUGUAAACGGAAAGUGCAUCACGAUGCACAACGCGGAUCUAAAGACUACUUGUACAUAAUAUGUUCGCAAAUUUUACAUGUGCUGACUAUAAGUUAAGUGUGGAAGAAGAGCAUUGACUGGAGAUUAACUAAAAAUCGACUCAUCGUAGUAUUAUUACGAAUUUCUGACGUCGUCGGUGAAAACCUUAAAGUGCAGUGCGUGACAUUGUCACGAAACACCGUUACAGAAGCUUAUUUUUAUUGGUAACCUAACGAUUUAGCUAGAGCAUAAUGUAGCCAUACUGUGACAAAGUUUUAAUAUCGAAAUUCAACACAGACACGAAUGCUCUUGUCGGUAUCCUGCAUAUGGCUGUACAGCGAAGGACUGAGACACAGGAAGGAAUGGAUAUACUUGUAUAGGUAUGAUAAUUCAUUCUUCCGCCAAGUAUAUGAGAUAUGGUCUGUAACUUUGAACUGUUUCGCUCUUGCGAAUCGCAAUUGAAUCUAAGUAAGGGAGCUCGACAUUAUGAUUAUUCGCACAAUUCGUGGACCGAUCACGAAAACUUCCGAGAUCCUGUUGAUGCGUAUUAUCCUGGCGUUUACUACAGGAUGUUCUGUUUUGAGUAAAAUAAAGAUGAGAUGAAAUUCGAGCUUUGUUUGUGGGAAGACCUUCGGAAGAAAACGUCUUCUGCAACAAUGCGCGACGUCGCUAUUUUACGAUCUGUCACAAUAAUAAUACUAACGAUUGCGUGCGCGUUGCGUAUUUAUAUGUUCUGCAACAAUGUAGAGUUAAAUUAUUACAAUGUAUUACGCAUAUCACGCGUGCGCUGAUUUUUUUUCUAAAAAGAAAAAAGAGACUGAUAGUCUUAUUCAAUUCAAGAUACAUGCGAUUAGAGCACUUCGUUUGCACAAUAUUUAGAUUUCGCUGUGAAUUGUAAUAUUGCGGCUAUAGAGAAAUGGUCCUUCUCUUUUCUAUUUUUAUUUUUCAUAUUUGGGAGAAAGUUUGUAAUACAUACGCGAUAUAUACAUAUAUGUGAUGUAUUUUUUUUCCACGCGUGAUGACACGAAAAUUAUGUUCGUGAUUUAAAUCGAAUGGGCUGGGCAAAAUAUUCGAUUACGAUUUAGAGAUCGUAAUCGGUAGUGUCUAGGCUCUAAGACAAGCGUAGCGACAUCAUAUAACCAAAUUCAAAUGCGAUAAAUAUCGUAUUCUAAAGUCAAAAUAUCACUAUGAAAAACAUUUGAAAGACAUAUUUCGGAAAUAUGUAAGGUACAGAGAUGUGAUUCAAUAAUAAAAUAUGAUUAAGAAUACAAAAUACAGAGCGUGACUUUCGAUGUGCAGUCGCUAAUUAGCAUUCGAAAUACUGCCCAGCCUUGCGAGAAAAGAUGACGCCAGAAAAAUUGGUGAAAUUAAUAAAAAGGAAGAAUGAAAAAAUGAGAGAAAGAGAGAGAGAGGGGGGGAGAAGGAUUAUAUACGUUUAUUCCUCCGCACGUUUGUUAGUUCUAGUCAAGUUUCAAUACGUGCGCUAUCAAUAAUGCGAAUCUUUUGCAAGAGGCA